AUGGAGGACCAGCUCCUGAAACUUCCACCCUUCGAAUGCGACAAUGUCGCCGUAUCUCAACUUCGACAGAAGUGGAUAGAUUAUAAGAAGCAAUUUCAGUACGUGGCAGAUGCCAUCGGGAAGAAGCGAAAAAAGAAACUCAAGGCCAUAUUCUUAGCAAUUUCCGGCCGACAACUACAGCGAGUGUACGAAAGUCUACCAGGCGGGCAGGAUGAAGAAGACGAAGAUGACUUCCAAUCAAUGAUCAACAAGCUCGAUGAGUAUUUUGCCCCCAAAAGACAUGACACAUUUGAAAGAUAUUCAUUUUGGUCGCUAAGACCGAACGCAGAAGAAUCGCUCGACAAGUUCCUGCUGCGCGCAAAAGUGCAAGCAACUAAAUGUCAGUUUGGCUCAUCGGAGAGUGAAAGCAGAGAUAUCGCGGUGGUCGACAAAAUUGUUAUGCUAGCGCCACCAGAACUUCGUCACAAAAUUUUGGAAAAGUCCAACAUUAACCUGGAUGAUCUGACAAAACUAGUCUCUACACACCUGUCUGUGCAAAACCAGGUACGAGAAUUGAACCAAUCAGAUUCUUUCUCCGGACGCAUCACAAGCACCAACUUUACCGGCAAUGAUGCAACUGUCUACAAAAUUUCAAGCACCCCUGGAAACCGGUGGUUACAAGCGCAUAACCGAAAUGAAUGCGGUAGGUGUGGUGGAAGACCGCACAGAACCGAUGACACUUGUCCGGCAAAAAACGCUAGAUGUCGGAUGUGCAAUCUAAAUGGUCAUUUUGCUAAAAAGUGCAGAACCGACCCUCGAAAACGGAACGCAGCGAACCCCCAAUACCUACAAAACUCAUACUCGUCAAAAAGGCCGAGAAUAAACGCGAUCGAAGAACAGAUAACCGUUGGAGAUAACGAGAACAGCACACCUUCGUUCAUAUUUUCAAUAAGCGACAACCACGAUGAAUUAGUAUGGUUCAAAGUCGGUCAGGUGAUGAUCGAGAUGCUAAUUGACUCCGGAUCUAAGCACAAUAUAAUCGACGAAUCCACUUGGAAAUACUUAAAAAGCAAUGGUGCAGUCGUAGCUGACGUCAGACCAUCCAACAAACAGUUGACAGCUUAUGCUCAACCGGGAAGUUUAUCAAUUCUUUGCGAAUUCGAAUCUGAAAUUAAUGUUGUGGAUGAAGCGAAAGGCAGUAGCGUUCGUGCAAGUUUUUUUGUAAUAAGAGGCGGAAAACAAAAUUUGCUAGGUCGUGACACAGCAAAGCAGCUAGGGGUUCUUCUUGUUGGACUGCCCAGUGUUAUUAACCCAAGAGCUACAAAUCACGUUCGACAGACAACGGCACUCAAUGCAGAAAAAUUCCCUACAAUUAAAGGUGUUAAGCUGCGCAUCAAUAUUGACGAUAGUGUAACACCAGUAGCCCAACACGUACGACGCGUUCCGAUAGCACUCCGCCAGCAAGUUGAAGAUAAACUCAACAAACUGCUAAGAACCGGAAUAAUUGAAAAGGUUGAUGGCCCAAGUCCGUGGGUAUCCCCCCUAGUUGUUGUAACUAAAGACGAUGGGGAACUACGCCUGUGCGUUGACAUGCGACGCGCAAACACCGCAAUAAAAAGAGAAUAUCACGUUAUUCCCACCCUUGACGAUUUCCUUGCAAGAUUAAGCGGAGCCAGAUGGUUUUCUCGGCUUGACAUCAAGGAUGCAUAUCAUCAAGUCGAGCUGCAUGAAUCUAGUCGGCACAUAACAACGUUUAUUACUCACCUGGGAAUGUUCCGUUACACGCGAUUAAUGUUCGGUGUUUGCAGCGCAUCAGAGCACUUUCAAAGGAUCAUCGAGCAAAUACUGAGCGACUGCCCCUAUGCAUUCAACUACCAAGACGAUAUUUUCGUAUAUGGCAAAACAGAACAAGAACACAACAAAGCGCUACGAACUGUAAUGAGAGCUCUGGAAGACCAUAACGUAAUUCUUAACAUAAGAAAAUGUAAAUUCAACGCAACGGAAAUGGAGUUCUUAGGUCACAACAUAUCUCAAAAAGGAAUCAAGCCAACUGACGACAAAAUCAUAACAGUCCAGCAAUUCAGACCUCCUAGGAGCGCAGAAGAAGUUCGUAGCUUUCUAGGUCUUGUGGGGUACGUCGGGCGUUUUAUUCCGGACUUAGCAACAAAAACAUUCGAACUAAGACAACUAAUGGUAGCCAACCAGAAGUUCGAAUGGUUGGCUAAGCACGAAAUGGCAUUCAAUGUUUUAAAAGAAGCGGUAUGUACUGCACCAGUACUAGGCUUCUUCGAUAAUCGUCGACGUACCAGGGUAAUCGCUGAUGCAUCUCCAGUAGGGCUGGGAGCUGUCUUAGUUCAAUUUGAAGACGAUACCGACAGUAAACCUGUCGUAAUCUCGUAUGCCAGUAAAGCUCUAUCACCAGCGGAGCGUCGCUAUUGUCAGACGGAAAAGGAAGCUCUGGCAAUCGUGUGGAGCAUUGAAAAGUUUCAACUCUACCUCAUCGGCCGAGAAUUCGAGUUGGAAACCGACCAUCGCCCUUUAGCGACGAUCUUCAAGCCCACUUCUCGUCCUCCAGGGCGCAUCGAAAGAUGGGUUCUCCGGUUACAAGCAUUUCGAUAUAGAAUUGUAUACAAACCCGGCAAGGACAACAUCGCUGAUCCUCUGUCCAGACUUUCCACACUAAACGAUUACCGCGAUGUUGACAGCUCCGACGAUAAAAUGUACGUUAAUGCGAUAACCGAAUCAGUCGCAAUUGAUGUUUCUGAAAUCAAGGAAGCUUCGGAUUCAGACUAUGAAUUAACUCUGGUGAAGCAGGCCUUGAUGAAAGAUGACUGGAACGACGAAAACAUCAAAUCAGGCGCUAAAGAUUACGUGCCAUUUCAAAAAGAUCUUAGUAUUCUGGAAGGAUAUGUCAUCAGAGGACGUAGACUAGUCAUCCCGCGCAAGCUACGCGCUAGAAUGCUGCAACUCUCCCAUGAAGGCCACCCGGGAGAAACAUCAAUGGUAUCUCGCCUCCGAGACAGAGUAUGGUGGCCAGGCAUUGACAAAGAUGCAAAGAAUGUUGUCAAAAAUUGCGAAGGUUGUCGUUUAGUUGGACAAUCAUCUGCUCCCGAACCGAUGCAACGACGCAAAAUCCCAAACGAACCAUGGGUUGACGUAGCAAUGGAUUUUCUGGGCCCGCUACCUUCUGGUGAGUACCUACUAGUAAUUGUGGAUUACUACAGCCGUUACAAAGAAGUCUGCAUCAUGAAGAAAAUAACAUCAGAUGAUACUAUUAAGCAUAUUGAGCCAAUUUUCGUGCGCCAAGGCUAUCCAAGAACCAUCACCUUGGACAACGGACGGCAGUUUAUUAGUACCGAUUUUGAAACUUACUGCCACACAAAAAACAUAACGCUAAAUCAUACAGUUCCCUACUGGCCUCAGGCCAACGGAGAGGUAGAAAGGCAAAAUAGGUCACUACUAAAACGACUCAGAAUAAGUAACGCGUUAGGUCGCGACUGGAAAACGGAUCUCCUUCAAUAUUUAAUGAUGUAUAAUACAACCCCGCAUUCCACUACCGGCAAGACGCCAACAGAGAUGCUGCGCAAUAAAACAAUCAGAUCUAAAAUCCCAUCGCUUGGAGAUAUUGAAACAGCUCCUCCCGCAGAAACGGAGGUCAGCGACAGGGACGCAGUCCUCAAACAUAGAGGAAAAGAAAGAGAAGACUUGAAACGCCAUGCGAAGCCCUCUGAACUUCGUGAAGGAGAUACUGUACUGAUGCAAAACUUACUUCCAGCUGGAAAGUUAUCUACAACCUUCGGAAGGACUGAAUAUGUAAUAGCAGGAAAACAAGGUAAUCGCGCAACAAUAUUAAACCCUACUACUGGCAACACAUUUGAGCGAAAUUCAGCACAUCUGAAGAAAGUUACCCCCUUGGGACAUACUACGUCAUACAACCCUGACCAGGUGGAAAGUUUCCCACCGUCACCAUCUCAACAAUCUACCAACAACACAUCAUGUUUGAACGAACCGGUAAACGCGCGAUCGGAGGUGGUUUCCAGACCAUCACGACAAAGUCAAAAACCGGCUUGGCAGAACGACUACAUCCUGGAUACUCAAAGGACUAAAUGA